AUGAUGGGCUCGCCCACUCUCCACGCCGACAAACUCAAAGCCGCUGAACUUGCUAUGUCCGCCGUAUCAUCUAUCACCACACCGCCUCUGCCGGUAUCCGUGAAGGCAUUGGACAUCCCCGAGAUCGCCUCCCUUGUCGGACAACACCUUAGCAAGAUAGACUUAGCCUCCUGUGCACUCGUCGCGCACAUCUGGUUCCAAGUCUUCACACCGCUCGUCUGGAAAUCCAUUGAAGCAGGCCGCCCGAUCUCCAGUCGCCACCAUGACCACAACGACCGCGACGACACUCACCGCAGCUCUACUCACCAUCGCCUAUCGCUAUCCAAGUACGGCGCAUUCAUCAGAACAUUGGCCAUCAUUCCUGAACCAGAAAAUACCGCGGUCUCAGACCUGGACUUGAUAUUCGAAUGUCCCGCUGUUAACUCUCUCGUUCAACUGACCGUCAAUCUGGAGAGAGGUGCGAGCGAUACUGUUGGGGGCGUUGUCAGGCGCAAUCAAGAUACCCUCCGUCUGUUAAAACUGGUCUUUCAAAUGGACAAGCGACAACGACCGCCUGGAUGGCUUGGCGAGCGGAUGUUUGAGUUCCCAACGGUGGCACCAUGUCUACAGUCGCUUUUUCUGGAGUACUGGUGUAUGAGUAAACGGGAGCUGGUCUUAAUCCUCAAAGGAUGCCUCAAUCUCAAGCUGCUAUCUUUUGGUAACAUCACCAUCUUGGAUAGGGAGGACGAGGCAGACGAACAGGCUGUAGGCGACAAUGACAAUUGUGGUGGGGCUCAUCCAAGCAACAAGGACAUCCUUGGCGAUACUGACGAAGAUUUUCAGCACCAAUCAAUCGAGACGUUUCGAAUGUGUUCAAGACUCUGUCCGAUUCUGGAGUACCUUCCCAAGAUCAAGCUACUCGAGUUCUACAGAUUUGAUCGGCAGAUCAAGGAUGAAGAGCUAGAGCGGUUCUGUGCUUCGUUGCGGACUCACUGCCCGGAUAUACAGGACAUAUGGGCAUAUGGCUUCGAAUGCUCGAUGCUUCCGGCCAUCCUGGACAGUCUUCCUCGACUAGUCAACUUUCGUGGUUCAAGUGACUUGCCGACUGUACUUUCGAUGUUGGACCAUGCUCUAACCCUGGAGGAGGCCAAUCUCUCGGACUAUACGGAAAGGACAUUUUUACCAUUACAGUUUCUGGAAUCAUGUCCCCGGCUCAGGACAUUCUGGACAGGCCAUUCAUUGACGACCAUGGAUGAGGUUCAACAUUCGCUAAAACGAGGCUGGGCAUGUCAAUUAACACUCGAAGAGCUCCGACUCAGCAUCUUCAAGCUCACGCCGGUUCUGAUCGAGGCCAUCAUGCAGGAGUUGAAUGCGGAAAGGGCUACAGACUCGAGACAACAACGGGCAUCAAGACUACUAGCGGCCCGUGGAGAUGUGACCCUGGAGGAGUAUGAGCGACAGAAGGAACAGCAACUCCAGGAUGCCAUUCUAGCGCUUUCACCAGAACAACAAGUUUUUCGGCGGCAAUUUACAGCAUUCUUGGUGACUUUGGACAAGCUUAAGCGACUCAACUUUGGGACAGGGUGGUAUUCUCUUGCGCGGCGAUUGCCAUCAGCAGCAGUAGCAGCAGCAGCAGCGUCAUCGUCAUCAUCAUUAUCAUAA